GGAGACCUCCUACCCCUGGUUCUUGCAAGGGUUGGCCAGUAUAUAAGCGAAAGUGCACACCCUCUCGUUCUAAACGAUUUUGGUGAUUUGCUGUGCGAGCGCCUUUGCCCAAAAACCAUACUGGGUUCCAUCGUUUCGAGUGAUUCGAUCGGUUGUCGGUGACGCGAGUCGGAACAGAGACCGCGACUCGGUGUUGUGAAACUUAGUGAUUGGUGCAUGACCUCGGAUUAAUUAUUAGGUGCGUAGGAAGUAAAAUGGAGGCCUAUCUCGAGUCGUCGAUGGCCAGUCUGCAAGCAUUAGAUUUUACAUCGUGCCCGAUGCGAGAAUCGCACGCGGGACCAGUCGAGCAGCCGGUUCUCGACCUUUCCUGCAAGAAGCAGACCGCGUCGACGGGGGAAUCGGUUUCGGACGUCUCGCGUUCGUACUCGCCCGCGAGCACGCAGAAACAACAACAACAAACGGGCCAUUUCUCGGAUUCCGAGCGAAAGAGUCCUUUCGAAGGACGGACGUUCAUGGUGACGCCACCAUCCGAGUCGGAUUCGCCGAAGAAGAUUAAAUACGAGGCUAUUUACAACUGCGCGAACGCGGAUACCGAUAACACCGUGAUCGGUCCGCGCGGUGGUUUCUCGAUUCUCCCGAUGAAUAUUUCGAUUCCGAUGGUGCCCACGGUGCUGCCCGCGUUGUUCCCUCAAAGCAACGUAGCCUCGAAGCCGGAUCAAAUGAUCGGUGCUACCGCGACAUCGACGACGACGAUAACACCGUCAACGAACUGUGGCAACGAAACGAUAUCGGGUUUGUCUUCAGAUCCUGGGAAGAAAGCACCGAGACCGUUCAAAGCGUACCCAAAGGACCCGCUCUCGCUGACCAUGGGAUCGACAGAGAUGAUGUACGAUCCGAAUUCUAACGAGGCGUACUCGGAAUUUCGGAAACGAAUGCUGGAAUCGGUGAGGCGAUCGAACGAGGGAACGAACAUUAAAAUGCGUCGGGUGACAAAGAGCCCUGUAUUGCCAACCAGCACGGUGGACGAGAAGGACGCGGCGUACUGGGAGAGGAGAAGGAAAAACAACGAAGCCGCGAAACGAUCCAGGGACGCUCGAAGGGCCAAGGAGGACGAAAUCGCAAUCAGGGCGGCUUUCUUGGAACAAGAGAAUAUGAAAUUGAAGUACGAGCUGGUUGCACUCAGAAACGAAACGGCCAAGCUAAGAUGUAUGGUUUACACGACUUAGAAGCAGGAUGCCUUGUACAGAGCUCGACUAUAAGCUGUUAUUAUUCUUCUGGUGCUCACGAAGAAUUAAAUUCAUUUCCCGAGCACUUAUUCGGAAGAUCUGCGAAUGGGUGAACGUUCGUAUUGCAUUUUGUGAGUAACAAAUUCCCUGUAAAUGUCCGCCAUUUUUUUUUUUUUGUUCUACAUUUAUUUGGUUAAUUCUUAGUUUCGAGAUGGAAUUUCAGAUGUUUUCUUUAUGGUACAGGGGAUCCCGCGAACCAUGGAAAAAAUCGAAUUCGAAAGUCUAUCCGGUAUGCGUGCAUUCGAUCGCGGCUAUAUUACGUAUUUCGAUAUGUAAUCUUGUUUUGAUUUGUACUUGUAAAUUGUAAACAUGGCGAUGAUCUGGAUUAACGGUUUACCGAUCGUAAAUCAAUAUGGCGCAACGUAUUUAAAUCGUCAAUAUACGCUCUCGAUCGUUUCAACUAUAGAUAUUUACAGUGUAUAUAGCAGGUAUACGUAAUUUCAGCAAACAAACGAAGUUUCAUCGCAACGAGAUAGCGAAAUUGUUCACUGAUUAUAGCGUAGUUCGUGCACGAUUUUCAUAGAUGGCGGAAGCAUCCAGAAUAUUUAUAUUUUCUCUUAGAUUUACUGUUGCUCGUAAAAUCAUCCAGUCGAUUGUCUACGGUCCACGGGACGCAACGUAUAUUGUAGAAAAAGUGUUUCGAAGUCAUAGUAUUAAUAUCUGGAGAGUAAUUUUCCAAGAAAGUUGCUAGUUUCACCAAGUUAAUUGUAAGGCAAUGUAGAUCGCGUUAAAAAGGCUAUUUGGUAUAUUAGCUUUAUCUGAAGUAUAAAAGUUUGAUGUAUUUUUAUAUUAACGUUGCACGUACUUUGGCGGAUAAGGUAUUUCACAUUUUACGAGCAGAUCAAAGCAACCGAAUUUAUGUAUAAAAUAAAAUAAGC